AUAGAAAGCGCAUCCCUGCAGGAUGUUUUGUGCGACGGGGUAGCAAGUUAGCUGCGUGUGCUAGGAUGCUCCUAACAUACGUUAUGAUUGGCAGAUUAACAAUGACAUUAACAUUUUAUAAGAAUUGACAUGCUGUCAAUAUGUGACGUUGGACUGGGCGAUCUGAUCAUAUUCUAGAGAGGUGCUUGUUGGCUUGAGUUGAUGCUAUUAUUUUCUGAUUUGGUACCUAGCUAAAUGCUAAGACUGGAUCUGUACUUCUUCAGCUUCGUAGCUAACUAGACACUGUAGGUCCGUGGUACUCUGUUUUAGUAUCUUAUUUUUCGGCUAAGCAGUUGUGUAUUACAACUUGCUAGUUGUAUUACACCCUUAUAGGCUAGCUGGCAUAUUUUUGUGUUCUGCCGCAGAUGACUUUUGUUCAGAGAAAAUGCCAACAGCAAGGAUGACUUUGAUGUUGGCUGGUACAGUGACUGUUUGCAUACUUCUGGUUGGCUCAGUGGAGAGUGCCCCUGAGGCAGACCCAUACAAAAUCCUUGGAGUGACUAGGACUGCAAGCCAAGCUGAAAUCAAGAAAGUGUACAAGCGCCUUGCGAAAGAAUGGCAUCCAGAUAAAAACAAAAACCCAGAUGCAGAGGAUAUGUUCAUCAAGAUCACAAAAUCUUAUGAGAUAUUAUCCAAUGAGGAAAAGAGGGCAAACUAUGACCGCUAUGGUCAGACUGACGACACUCAGCCCUAUGGUCAUGGUCACUACGGAAACCGCCCCGACCACUUUUACUUUGACGAGAAUUUCUUCAACUUCCCUUUUAACAAAGGCAGUAGGGACUUUGCCGAUAGCAAGUAUGCACUGCACUUCAAUCAAUAUGUCAACGAUGUGGUGCCUAACAGCUUCAAACGGCCAUACCUGAUCAAGAUCACCUCUGAUUGGUGCUUCAGCUGCAUCCAUAUUGAGCCAGUAUGGAAGGAGGUUGUGCAAGAAUUGGAAACACUGGGUGUGGGUAUUGGGGUGGUGGACGUGGGCUAUGAGAGGCGUCUGGCUAAUCACCUUGGUGCUCAUCGUACCCCAUCUAUACUGGGGCUCAUCAAUGGCAAAGUGACAUUCUUCCACUAUGCAGUUGCCAAGGAACACUUGAGACAGUUUGUUGAGGACCUCCUCCCUCAGAGACUGGUGGAGAAGGUAACAGACAGGAAUGACCUACAGUUCUUGAACAGCUGGCAUGAGCUCAAUAAACCUCAUGUGCUGCUGUUUGACCAAGUACCUGUGGUCCCUCUAUUGUACAAGUUGACUGCAUUUGCCUAUAAGGAUUAUAUGCAGUUUGGAUAUGUGGAUCAGGGCCUGUCAGAGACUGCUAACCUGCUGAAGCAGUUCAACAUCAAUACAUACGCUCCCACCAUCUUGGUUUUCAAGGAGAGUACAGACAAGCCAGCAGACAUUAUACAGGCUAAAGGGAUGAAAAAGCAGAUUAUUGAUGAGUUCAUGUCAAACAACAAGUUUCUUCUCGUCCCUCGAUUGGUCAACCAGAAGUUCUUUGAUGAGCUAUGUCCUGUCAAACAGUUCCACAGACGGCGGAAAUACUGUGUCCUGUUGAUCACUGGUGAGGAGGAGAGUUUUGCUGCUGGCCACCAGGCCUUCCUGUCCUUCGCCUCCACCAACAACAGGGAGGUGGUGAGGUUUGCCUACGUUUACCAGCAGCUACAGCAACCACUGUGCGAUAUCCUCCUCAAGAAAGAGGGCACACCACCUCCACAGGUCCUGAUACUGGAGAGGCGCAAUGCUGCAGGGAAGGUCUUGUAUAAGCCAGUGACUGGAGGCUGGAACGGCAGUGAGGAGGACAAGCAGCGUCUACUGGACGAGCUGGAGCGCCUGCAGAAGGACCCGUCCAUCCUCAACUACGACGCCAUGCUGCCAGAGCUCAACAACGAGUUUGCCUCGAUGUUUCUGAUCCGAUGGAUAUAUGCAUCCUAUGACUACCUCUCUGAAAUCAUAGAUGAUAUUCUUCACAAUAAUUGGCGUGAGAUGAUGCCCCUCUUGUCUCUUAUCUUUUCUGCUUUAUUCAUCCUGUUUGGUACUGUGGUCAUCCAGGCCUUCAGUGACUCGAGUGAAGACAAACCAAAGACGAAAGACGCAACAAAGUCAGAAAAUGGGUCACCGGGAAGCAAUAGUACCUCAAGCCGACCUCCCAAGAAGAACUUUGUGGAGGUGACUGAGCUGACGGACAUUACGUACACCAGUAACCUGGUAAAGCUGAGGCCAGGACACAUCAACGUGGUGCUGGUCCUCACAGACACCACCAAGAACAUCCUGCUCAGCAAGUUUGCCAAAGAGGUCUACUCCUUCACAGGGAGCCUGACUCUGCACUUCUCUUUCCUGAAUGUGGACAAGCACAGCGAGUGGAUGGCAACACUGCUGGAAUACGCCCAGGACACGAUGCAGAUCGACGAGGACGACAGCGCCAGCCACAAGGUCGACUACACAGGCUACGUACUUGCCCUGAACGGCCACAAGAAGUACCUCUGCCUCUUCAAGCCCGUCUACACUGGGGAGGACCUGGACGGGAAGUCCUCCGAGGACGAAGGGGGCUCCACGGGGCGGAGGUCUCGACCCGGCUCCCGGGAAGACCACCCACCACGAAGGUCUGCUGCCCGGUCGCGCUCCACCUCCACGCUGCAGAUCCACCACAAGCUGGACCGGCUAGGGCUGUGGAUGGAGAGGCUGAUGGAAGGCACCUUGCCACGCUACUACAUCCCUGCAUGGCCGGGACUGGACAAGAUUACAGCAAACAAGUAAAGGGUCACAUGACUUUGGCCAAUGAACAUUCUAAAAUAUGAAUGAAGAGACAUACUUGUACACAUUUGAACUAGAUGCCAAUAUGUCCUCAUAGCAGUGUUUCUGCUGUGAGAGUGUGAUACUUGGGACAUUUUUAAUCCAGUACGCAUGUAUGUUAUUUUCGAUGGAGACCACCAAUCAGUCUUCAUACAUCAACUUGUCUCAUAUUCUGCUGGAGCUAGAACUGCCUUUUUGCACCGGGAUAGGCUAUUUAUUGGUUGCAUAUGCUUGGAAAGUACAGCAAGGUCAAUUAGACCAGAUACCAUGACUGUUUGACAGUGAAUCAGUGUCUCCGGAU